GUUUUUUUGUAUUCAAAUUAAUUUUUAAAAUUCAAAAUAAACUGUUGAACAUAAGCUUAGAAAGCUAAUAAUUGACCUGACACGUUUUUCUUAAAGCUGACAGAGAUGAUAUUCGCAAGUAAUAUUUAUUAAUUUUCUAGAAUGGUGAGGGCGCUGCUGAUUUUCUACAGAACUGUAAUAUUAUUGCUUUCGUUGCAAGAUUGGAUAUUUUAUACGAAAAAUUUUUGCAGGUUCGUUUCUUCGAAUUACCUCGCAUUUGAGUCUGGAAUGCUCUUUUUGGCACUUUAUAUUUUAAGAUAAGAUAAAUUUUGGACCUGUAAGCCUCAUUCAGCACUCUUAAAGAUUUUAUGAUUCACUGGUGAUAAUAAUCGUAUAGGUAUAUGUUUAAAGUAAUACUAGUUUACUAUACGGAAAGUAUACUCUCUUUACCCACAUACAGUAUGUUGUAUUCGUAACACUAAUUAGUAAAAUUUGAGCCUUAAAGUUUAGUAUUUUUAUGUAAGUUAAAUAAAAAGAAACCUUGUAAAGUUAUUGUAAGAGCAAUAAUGUUAUGAGGAUCGGAAGAGGCCUGAGAAUUCAUGGUAUUUAUGUGAGUAGCAAGUAGUCCAACGGAAAACGUCGAUUUGGUAAGAGAUUUAUCGUAAGAAUCAUAUUGACAUCGAACGAGUAAUCGAAGAGGGAAAAAGAAUAAGUAAAAAGACGAACACGACCGAAGCCAUUCCGAAGCUUUCUUUUUAAUAUCCAAGAAAAUCUUUUAGAAAGGCGGUAAUAAUGGACCAUCUGUGAAAGAGAGAAAGUACGAUAAAAGGAAGGACAACAAGCAAGACGUCUCUUUUAUCGCAGGAUGUCGCUUUGACUCUGGCGUCACUCAUUCUAGAAAAUGUGUCUCGGCCGAAUCAACGACACGUCAUUAUUAUGUAAAUGGAUUAAUAUCACCGCUGAAAAUCGAACUACACAGGAUCAAGAUGGUUGGCGUCGAUUCAAGCCAGCCUUAGGCCUUUUGCUAACUACUUUUGCUCUCAUUACUAUUGGUGCCGUUGCUGACCUUGUUAUCGGGUCUCUUGUAAUGCCCUUCUCAAUUGUCAUGGAACUAACUGAUAACGUUUGGUAUUUUGGAAGAGAUUGGUGCGAUGUCUGGCACAGUUUUGAUGUUUUAGCAAGCACGGCGUCUAUUUUAAAUCUUAGUGUUAUAUCUUUGGAUCGAUAUUGGGCCAUUACAGAUCCGAUAGCUUAUCCAGGAAAGAUGUCGACAGGGAGGGCAUUGAUACUCAUCGCUCUAGUCUGGAUUUGUUCGUCAGCAAUCUCGUUUCCGGCCAUUUUGUGGUGGAGAGCAACUGUUCCCGAACCUAUUGAAGUCGACAAAUGCGCUUUUACAGAAGACGUAUAUUAUCUCAUCUUCUCAUCGAUAAUUUCAUUUUACUGCCCCGUUUUUAUAAUAAUGUUUGCUUAUUACAAGAUAUAUGUAGCAGCAUGUGAACAAACUAGAAGUUUAAAAUGUGGUUCGAAAGUACUAGUUAAUGAUGGGCAAUCAGGUGAAACAAUGACGUUAAGGAUGCACAGGGGUGGAGCUUAUAGAUAUGCUGAAACCACCGACUCAGAUUCGGAAUGCCCUAAUUCCCCAGCUCACUUGAUCAAUCCAAAUAAUUGCUAUACACAGCAUAUUCGACCUCCAAGAAUGGUCUCAAGGAAAUGGAAGCAUUUUGCCUUGAGUCGAAAACUAUCUAAACUUGCUAAGGAGCAAAAGGCAGCUAAGACUUUGGGUAUAGUUAUAGGGGUCUUUUGUAUAUGUUGGGUGCCAUUUUUUGUCCUAAAUGUCCUUACAGGUCUAUGCAGCAAUUGUAUCAAACACGGUGAAAUUCUGUUUCCUGUCUUCACUUGGCUAGGUUACAUUAAUUCCGGAAUGAAUCCAGUUAUCUACGCAUGUUCAAUGAAAGAUUUUAGAAGAGCGUUUUCAAAAAUUUUGUUUCAUUGGUGUCCAAAAAAUAGACUGAGAACUAGACGAAAUAAUCGUUAUAACGCUCCAUUAUCAAAUUCCAGUUUUAGCGUUAACUAUUCUGAUCAUCGCUCGAAUUCCGUUGUUAGGCUUUGAUAUUUCUAAAUACUUCGUAAAUGCUUAUAACCGUGCUUAAAUAGAAGUAUACCAUUUUAAAAAGUAAACGGAUUUUAGAGAUGUUAAAAUGAAAUGUUUGUAUACAUUCUAAACUCAGUAAAAUAUUAUUCUUGCAUAAUACGCCAACAGAUUUUAGAUAAAUUUUUAUUUGAAGGCGUAUUGCGGAGAUAGAUCUACCUAAAACUAGAGUCUUUUAUAUUAUCAUCUAUCCAUAUAAAGAAUGAAUAAUAAGUUAUCUGAUCAAGUUAUUCACUUAUAUGAAUGAAAUAUAGUUGAUAAAUUUAAUAACAAGAAAAAAAGUUCGCUGAAAAUGGUAAACAUUACAUAGCUUAUUAUUAUUGCAAGAAGCAAGGAGAGCAGCAAAGGAUCCGUAUAACAUUUGAAAAACAUAAACAUGGAUGCCACUGAUAUGUUUAAGUGCGUGCCAGGGAUAAAUAAAGGCUCACAGCUGCUUAUCGAACGAAAGAAAAACUGUUGGAGACACUAAUCUGACUUGUGGGGCGGCUUUAUGACAUUUUGUAUGUCAGACACCCAAAUUUUUAAAUAAGGUUAUUCUUGAAACAUUGAAAAUUUUAAUUUCUUCAACAAGAAGUUGGAAAGGUUGUCAUAUGGAUGAGUUGGUAGAAUAAUAUAUUAAAGUAUUUAUGAUCCGAUAUCUAAAUAUAACUGUCUUAAGUUUUUACAACAUUUGACUCCUGACUUUGUAUGCUAUAUAUAUGAGAGAAAAUUAAAGGUUAGUAAGUUUGUUUUUCAAUAUAAAUAAUAUAAAAACUUAGUCUUUCGCUUCUUGAGAUGGCAUAUUUCAGUAAGAAAAACUAGUACUUUAUCUGAACAAGUCAAAUUAAUGUCAGAUGUGCUGUAUUAUCAGAUUGAAAAAAUCAGAACGCAACGCAUUCAGUGCGUUAUUUUACUUACAGAUGGCAGCGCCAUCUACUUCACUUCACCAACUAUAAAUGCGGAUAAGCCUUU